AUGGAUGAUUUUAAACAACUAAGAUCUAAUGAUUUAAGUUUUGCUAAUGAUUAUGAAAGCAUAUUAUCGACCCUCAAAGACCAAGGUCAAUCAAUCAAUGAUGUAUUAAAAGCAUUUGAACUGGAAGAAUUAGAUCAAUUUUCAAAAAAUAUCGAGGAACCAUUAGAAGGAAUUAAUGAUUUUUGCAAUAAUUUAAAGUUUAUUAUAAAUGAAGAACCAUCAAAAGAUUUUUUCAAAUUGCAAUUUAUAAGUACAGGUAUGCCUAGUAUUGAUAAAGAAUUAGGUGGUGGAAUUCCUCUAGGUGAAGUUUCAGAAAUUUUUGGUGCCAGUGGAUGUGGGAAAUCACAAUUUUUAUUUCAAUUAUUAUACAACAGUAAUAAAGCUUUUCCUGAAAGUGAAGACAUUCAUAUUUCAACUGAAUCAUACCUUGAAAGUAAUCGUUUAUAUGAUAUAUUUGGAUUUCAAUCUCAUAAUGGCUUUAAAUCAAUCUCAGAAAUAUAUUGCAAAAGUCUAGAGAGUCAAGAGCAUGUACUAUACACUCAAUUACCUACCAAGCUUGCACAAAAUGAAAAUCGUACUAAAUUGGUUGUUAUUGAUUCAAUCGCUCAUCAUUUUAGACGAGAUGCUUCACUUUUGAAUUCAAAUUAUUUCAGGGAAGCAAUACUGAAACAUGAGGAUGAUUUAGCUUCCGAAAAAGAUAUAUUGGAAUUAACAAAAAGUCAAGAUAUUCAAUUAAAACUUGUUUCUAAAACACCCAAAUACGCAUCUCGUACUGGUAAACUUUAUUAUAUUACGCAAAUGUAUCGUCACCUAUCAGAGUUAGCUGCAAGGUUUAAUAUUGCUAUAGUUUUGAUCAAUCAGGUCAGUGAUCGUACUCAAGACGUGUUGACAAAUAAAGAAGAUUAUUUUGAUGAAGAAUUUGAGCAUGCACUUAAUUUAGAUUUUCAUACUUUGAUUUUCUCCGGCUGGGAUUUGAAAACAAUUUUCCUUGAUGGUGCAAACAAUAAUCGUUGGUAUUAUGAGCUGGAGCAAGAUCGUUUGGGACAACAUUUAGGACAAUUAAUAAAUGAUAGGAAAACGAAAAGGCAAAAACUAGAUAAAGAUCAACAAGGAGUUUCAUUAGAUUCUUCAUCUGAUACAUUUGAAGUAUUCAAACAAACAAUAAUGCAAUCUUAUAAUGCAAGAAAUAAAAGGAUCAAAAAGUAUGUUCCUACAUUAGGAUAUUCUUGGACUUGUAAGAUAAAAGUCAGAAUUUUAUUAACAAAGUCUUAUAAACCAACAUUUAAUUCAGAAAAUGGACAAGAAGAAAUUAGUCUGAGAACAACCACGUUAAAUAGCUCACAAAGUGAUAGAGAAUUGUUUAGUAAUAUUGAUAAUGAAUCUGAUAUUAUGACUCAAAUUAGUUCAAUGAAUAAUAAUUGGCAAGUAAAUAGAUUUGCAAAAGUUAUUUGUUCAAGUAAUAGUAUAACUUCAAAUAAUAACAAUUUGGUAAUACCAUUUAAAAUUGAUACUCAAGGUUUACUUGAAAUAGAAUGA